GGGGACUGAAAUCUAAAGACUGAAGAAGAAUGGGUUCUGGAUUUUCUAUUCCGUCAUCUUUCCUGGGAAGAUCGAAAUCGAUCAAUUCUGCGUCUGCUUUGGAAUGCAGCGCACUCGAGAAUCACGAGCGGACUCUAAACUCCGACGUGUGGAAACAGCUCCCCAUCGACAUUCUGUUAGGCAACAUCGUCACCAAGCUCCCGUUCAGCAGCCUGCUUCGAUUCUGCUGCGUCUCGCCGGCGUGGAAAUCGUUCAUCUACUCUAUGGAGAAUUCGCCCCUCUCUCACUCGUCCAAGAGCAUCCUGAUUCACAGCCUGGCCCCCCUCAGAGUCCUCAACACGCACAUCGACGGCGGCCGCUGGGUCUAUCCUUACCCAACGUCGGCCGACCUCAGAGUCUUAGCCUCAGCCGGAGGCCUCCUGUGCACGAGCACGGAGGAAUUCGGGCAGCUGCUGGUGUGGAACCCGAUCACGCAAGCCAAGCGACAGCUGCAAAUUCCUCUGGAUUCACAAUACGGAAACGCUCUAUACCACGUCUUCGAAUUCCAAUCUGAAAUCCAGGACACCGACAGGUGGGUGACGAAGCUCAUCAGCUCGGGAUCGCUGCGGGUGGGGCUGAAUUACAAUCCCAGAACGAAUCACUACCAGCUCAUUAUCGCAGCUCUCUGCAGAAAUUCAGCAGGCGCGACUCUGAUCUUCGACUCGCGAACUAAAGCGUGGAGGAACGGGCCCGAAAUUCCCCAAGGAAUCAGAUUCGAGCUCAACUCCGUCUCCUCGCGAUGCGGCCGCUACUUCUACUGCGCUAUGCACGCCAAAGCUGUGUACCAUUUGCUGGAGCUCGACCUCGACCUCGACCUCGACUGCUGGACCCAGUUCAUGAUACAGCCGAGGCUGGGCAUUCCGGAGGGACUGAUCGAGCAACGAGGCAUUGUGCUGCUGCUCACUCGGUCCCAGCCUGGAAGAGAGACUUUCUCAGUGUUCGAGCUCCAUGUGCGGCUGGGGAUGCCCGAUGUGUACCAAUGGAAGGAGAGAACCGCGAGGCACGUCCCCGGCAUGCUGUCGAAGCAGGUUUACGGGGCCAUGAGGACUCGGGAGAAGAACCUGCUCAUGAAGAUUGGAGAUCGGUACGUUCAGUGUCUUGGGAAAGGCAAUCUGCUCUACUUCGUGGGGACGUCCGUCGAGAAAUGCGUUGUCGACGCUCAGACCGAGAGCUUUCUGAAGUCGGAGGAAGGCGCGUUCUACACCUUCGUGCCCAUCCGCUCGCAGUGCAGGCUCAUGAGUUUCGUCCGAGUCUGGGUGCACGACACUUGUGCCGACCGCUUGAUGCAUCUGACGGACUGGGCUUUCGAGGGGUACGAUGACUUCAACCUCAUCUCGUUUCAAUUGUUCAACCCCUCGCUCUGUUCUCGACCGUGAGCGAACGACUGUCCUCAUCAUCCUCGUCGGUGUAAUUAGAAAGGUCUCUUCAUAUCUCAGACCUCGAUCCUUAUUUUCUAGAGCGCAAUCCUACAGGCGCUGGAUAUCACAUUUCUCUCCGAGCGGUGUCACAAACUUGCAAUUCUUUCUGAAAUUCAUGAAUGAGUGAACAAUGCUCUAAAAAUGCUCCUACCGUGAAUUCUGGAAACUUCAGUUUUGUUGUCUC